AUGAGCGAGAAGAACUUGCAAGACGUUGUGCGAGAGUCUGAGGCGUUACGGGAGCUGGUUGAGUCUCUUGAAAUCGGCGGCGGCAGUAGAGCGUUUUGUGUGGAAAGCACAACAGCAACUAGCGAUGCCCCGAAUUCUACCCACACAGCAAUUAUUUUCCACAAUUUGAGAGAUAAGAUACUGUCCAUGUGUACCAAAACGGGGACAACGGACAGUCCGCCGCACUCCUUGCGUAAACGGAACCUGCUGCAGUUAGAGAUGGUGCACCAUCUGGACUCACAGACCGACAAGGAGAUGCUGCAGCUAUUCCCGCUCGGAGACCAAGAUGUAGUGGACAUAAACGUGCAGACGAAGCUCGUGCCCUACGGGAGCAAGAGCCCUGCAGCGUCAUCCGCGUCCCCGCAACUGGGUGCUCUGCCCAGCCACAACAGCAACUCGCAGGGAGAGAGCUACCUAUCCAGCGAGCACAGCGGACACAGCAGGGCCCGCACGCGCGCACAGAACGCGCUGAAGUACUUGACAUUACGAAACAAGCACCACUGCGACUGCGAGACGGCAGAACGCGCGGCUGAGGACACGCCCGUCCGCGGCAGGUCCAGAUGGAAACUUCCCCACGUCGGAUUCGGCAGAAGAACAACCGCACAGUGA